CACUUUAUGUUUUAUAAGGCACAGAAGCUACGUUGCGCCAGUCAGCACUAAACAUGCUUCUCUAAUAACUGAGCGAUGUCAAGGGACCUGAGCUAGCUGGAAUGAUGCUUGCCUGGCUGAUCGCUCUGCUGAAUAUGGAAGUACUGCUUCUAGCAAACCCCUACGUGAGUUUCCAGAUUGAACCUACCGAAGGUAGCCUUGCAGGGGGAACAUGGAUCAUCGUUGGUUUUGAUGGUUUGGAAGGAAGCACUCUUUACCCCAGCAAUGGCUCUAAGCUGGAGAUAGAGCUGGUGAGUGUAGCAGUACCUGCCUUGCGGAUCCCCUGUGAUGUCUCUCCCGUCUUCGUGGAUUUGCCUGUGGUGACAUGCCAGACGAGAUCCCUGCCAUCAGAAGCACAUGCAGGCCUGUACUCUCUGGAGAUACGCUCUGGGGAGCAAGCACUAGGCAGCCUGUGCUCAAGUUCACUAGAGGGCUGUACAUUCAAGUUCUCCAAGGCACAGACACCUAUGGUAUAUCGAGUUAACCCACCAAGUGGAGUUCCAGGAGAAGUAGUGCGUGUGUAUGGCCGGAUUGUCACUGAUCAGCUGGAAACCUUUGAUCCUGAUGCAGACUACAUUGACGGCCCAUUGAUCCUGGAAGCAGAAGGAGACAAGUGGCUUACUCCCUGUUCUCUUAUAAAUUGGCAGACAAGAAGCUGUUUUCCCAUCCAGGAGGAACAUGGCCUUGGGACUGUGCAGUGCCGUGUGGAAGGCGAUUACAUAGGUUCCCAGAACGUUAGUUUCUCAGUAUUUAACAAAGGGAGGUCGAUGGUGCACAAGGAAGCCUGGCUGAUCAGUGCUAAGCAGGACCUGUUCCUGUACCAAACACACUCAGAAAUCCGAUCUGUGUUUCCAGAAGUUGGAAGCCUUGGGGGCAGAACAGACAUCACUGUUACAGGGGAUUUCUUUGACCCUUCUGCUCAGGUUACCGUUGCAGGGAUCCCAUGCGACAUUAGACAUGUGUCUCCCAGGAAGAUAGAGUGCACCACCAGGGCUCCAGGAAAAGGAGCCAGGCUCACUGCUCCUCAGGCAGGUAACCGAGGCCUUCUUUUUGAAGUUGGAGACGCUGCUGAGGGUGUGGAACUGACCGAAGCCACCCCGGGGUACAGGUGGCAGAUAGUCCCUAAUGCCAGUUCUCCAUCUGGAUUUUGGUCAAAGGAAGGGCGACCUUUCAGAGCACGGCUCAGCGGAUUCUUUGUGGCUCCAGAGACAAACAAUUACACAUUCUGGAUCCAGGCAGACAGCCCAGCUUCCUUGCAUUUCAGCUAUUCCGAGGAACCAAGGACUAAGGUAGAAGCAGCCUCUGUUGCCGUUGGGACUGCUGACUGGUUUGAAUCUUGGGAGCAGAAUAGGAAUGAAGGGAGCUGGCAACAGAAGACGGCUAAGCUAGAACUGCGGGGCGGAGCCAAGUACUACUUGGAAGCAGAGCAGCAUGGGAUAGCCCCCAGCCGGGGGAUGAGAAUUGGUGUCCAGAUCCACAACACCUGGCUCAAUCCCGAUGUGGUCAACACUUACCUUCUGGAGAAGCACCAGAUCCAAGCCCGAGCCCAGAGACUUCCAGAAAUACAGAUGUUGAAUGUGUCAGGUAAAGGAAGCUUUCUCCUUACUUGGGGCAACGUCUCUAGCCAGCCAGUUCCUGCAAAUGCCACAGCCCAACAGAUCCAAGCCGCCGUUGAGGAGUUGCUUGUGGCACGAUGCAACCUGACGCCGGUUUCAGCUCGUGUUCUCCUCCAGCUUGGAUUUGAGCAAGGCCUAGAAGGCUCCAGCUCUGAUGGGGUCCUUACCAGUUCAACGGAACCCUUCUGUGGCAGAUUCAGCCUUGGUCAACUGCGACACCUUACCCUAAAGCCCUCAGCUGCCAGCAAGGGCUAUCGACUGGAUGAAUACCCAUACCUGUGCCUUGCAUACAGAGGCCACGUGAACACGACCUUGAAGAUGGCUGCUUCUUUCAUAUUUGGCUUCCAAAAUACCAUGAAGAAUACCACCUGUGAGUGGAGUCUCACGGAACCCUGCCCUGAGAGCUGGCAGUUCACUUGUGUUAACCUCUGGGACACAUGUGUGCGUUGCUCUGAGGAGCUCCAGUUUUCUCUGGCAAACACUCCAUUUCUGGUCCAUCGGAUUGACAUCUUCCCUGUGGUCCUGGAGGCAGGCCUGCUCUAUGUGGAUGAGAUCAUCCUUGCGGACACAAACAUAACAGUUUCUCAAGCUGAUUCUGCACUGGCCGGCCCAGGUGGGAAUCUGGUGGAGUCUGUCUCUGUGGUGGGAUUUCCUCCAGUCUACAGCGUAACCUUCUGGUUGGCAGGAUGCGGCUCAGAGCUCCCUCUCAUCACUGUGCGCUAUCUGCCCACUGAGGGAACCGGUUCUGAACUGAUUGAGGUGGCAGCACAGAGACUUCAAAGGACAAGCCCGCCUUUGGGAGGACGCUUCAUCCUCCACCUCUCUGAUAAAGUGAUACCUGAUGUUCCAGUGCAAAUGUCUGCUAGACAGCUUCACAAGCUAUUGCAGGACAAUGCUGAUGAGUCCACAUCUGGAUACCUCAACGCCAGUGACUUCACUGUGACAGAGGAUCUAAACUCCUGUUAUGAACAUGUGUGGACUCUUUCUUGGACUACUCAGAUUGGGGAUUUGCCCAAUUUUAUCAGGGUCUCAGAUCAAAAUCUUACGGGGGUGAAUCCUGCUGUAACUGCUCGUGUAGUAUAUGAUGGUGGAGUUUUCCUUGGACCCAUCUUUGGAGACAUGUUGGCUACUGCCCACCAGCAAACUCAGGUGGCUGUGCAUGUGAAUGACAUACCAGCCCAUUGCUCAGGCUCCUGUUCUUUCCAGUACCAGCAAGAGUCAACUCCCAGAGUGCACCGUGUGUGGUAUUCCCUUGGUAGUGAUGUCACCCUACUGGUUUAUUUUAUGGGAACUGGCUUCCCUAGGGAUUCCCAGUUCUUACAGGUUUCAGUGAACAAAGCAAGUUGUAAAGUCAUUUUCUCAAAUGAAACAAACGUGGCCUGUGAGAUGGACCUGCUACCUGUUGGAGUGCAUCGGAUUUUGAUGCUGGUCAGACCUUCAGGCCUUGCUGUUAAUGCCAGUGGAGAAAGCCUCUUCCUGCAUGUGGAACCCAGGAUGGAUGUUGUGGAGCCUUCUACGGCUGCAGAGAUUGGAGGACUGUGGGUUACCAUCCGAGGCUCUAGUUUGGAAGAUGUUAGCCUGGUGUUAUUUGGAACUCGGUCGUGUGUCAUUGAUGUCAUUGGAAGCAAUUCACAACAAAUUCAAUGCAAAGUCCCACCCAUGGGGAAAGAUGGAUACACUGUGAAUGUGUCUGUGAUCAGUGGGGACCACUCUGCAGUCCUUCCCAGAGCAUUUACUUAUGUCUCGUCUUUAAAUCCAGUGAUUGUGUCUUUGAGCAGAAACAGCAGCAACAUAGCAGGAGGUGAGAUUCUGUUCCUUGGGAUGGCACUGCUCGCGAACUACACAGAUCUUGAUGUGCAAAUCUAUGUGCAGGACACUUCUGCUCAGGUCCUCACACAGACACCAUGGGGACUGGAGUUGGUGCUGCCCCCACUGCUGCCUGGCAGCCACAUGAUUUCAGCCUUUAUUAAUGGGGUCAGCAUUCAUUCACAAGGGGUUGAUCUCCACAUCCAAUACCUCACUGAAGUUUUCAGCAUGGAGCCCAGCUCUGGGUCUCUUCUGGGUGGAACUCUCAUAAGCCUCUCAGGAAUAGGACUUGGCAGAGACGCAGCUCUGAUCUGGGUACUCGUGGACAAUUGUCCUUGUAAUAUUGUGAACUUGACGGAAGUGAACAUUUGGUGUGAGACUCCCCCAGUUGUACUGCCACCAGGGGUAGAUGCUCUAACCAUUCCAGCCUCUGUGGAGAUCUGGGCUGGCAACACUUCCUUCCGCCAUGGAACAAGCUUGGUGGGGGAGGGUCUGACCUUCCUGUAUGAAGCAGCAGCAACACCAGUGGUCACUGCUAUGUGGGAAGAACUCAUCAACAGCAGCCUGGAGUUCUACGUGGAAGGAAGAAACCUCUCUGAUUCAGUCAUUCUCUUGGGAACCUUGAAAUGUGACCUCGAAGUGCAGUGUUUUGGUGAUGGCAUGAACCUGUCUGGGUGCUCCUUUCCUCUCCACAGUUUAGAGGCAGGGGUCUAUCCUCUCCAAGUUCAUCACAAGUGGAUGGGGUUUGCCAAUAUGUCGGCAGUACCUCAGAAAUUUGAGUUGUCACCUCGAAUAAUGACCAUCUUCCCAACACAUAGUUCUAUGUGUGGUGGGACAAUACUCACCGUGAAGGGCGUGGCCUUCAGUUCCAGGAGGAGGUCAGUUCAUGUUGAACUUUCACGUCUUUUUGCUUGCAUGAUUUUGAGUUUCAGUGACGAUGUAGUCCUAUGCCAGACCAACCUGGUGGGUGAUCACUUCUCUGAAGCAUCAAUUGCUCUAAAUGUUACAGUACUGGUCAAUGGAGUGGCCAGCAAAUGUGAAGGGAACUGUACACUCUUCAUGCAGAAAGAAACAACUCCUGUUGUGGAUGCCUUGACUGUAAGCAUCAGUGGGUCUCUAACCACACUGCUGAUGAGAGGCCAGAGGUUGGGUACCACGGAAUACAAGCCAACAGUGUUUGUGGAUGAUAAACAUCGUUGUCACCCAACUUUCUUCAGUACCAGCCAUGUGGCAUGUGAGAUGAGUGAUUUGAUUCCAGGGUUCCACUACUUGUCAUCUGUUCAUACAAAUGCUGGAUAUGCUUGCCUGGAUAACGUUUCUAGAAUCUUCUUCAUAGUGCCUCAAGUGUUUGAUUAUUUUCCCAAGAAUUUUAGCAUCCAUGGUGGAGGUCUCUUGACUAUAAAAGGCACAGCUCUGAGAGGACAGAAGGCUACAUUUGUCUAUGUUGGCCAGCAGGCUUGUCUAACAGUGAACAUCAGUUCUGAGUUCAUCCAGUGCAUUAUUCCUGCAGGAAAUGGCUCUGUUGCUCUGGAAAUAGAGGUGGAUGGAGUUUUGUAUGACAUGGGACUUGUUGCUUACAGCCAAGUCUUUACUCCAGAAUUGCUUUCUGUUUCACAGAGUCAUGAUAUCUUAACCUUUUCAGUGGCCCGGAUCUCAGGAGCUGCAAAUGUUGACAUUCUUAUUGGGAUGUCACCAUGUCUAGAUGUCUCUGGCAACCGUACUUUUCUGCAGUGCAUAGUCCCUUUGCUUCCUGCUGGGGAGUAUCCUGUCACAGGGUACGAUCACAUCAGAGGAUGGGCCUCAACAUCUCUCAUUCUCGUGCUGAGAGCUACUGUGACCUCAGUGACUGAGAACUUUGGCUGCCUGGGUGGAAGGCUUUUGCAUGUACUCGGAGCAGGAUUUUCUCCAGGGAACAUCUCAGCUGCUGUGUGCGGUGCUCCGUGCCAAGUCUUGGCUAAUGCGACAGUGUCUGCCUUCAGCUGCUUGGUUCUGCCUCUGGAUGUGUCCUUAGCUUUCCUAUGUGACCUGAGGCAUGCAGAAGACACCUGUGAAGUUAGCAGACACACCUACUUGCAAUGCGAUUUGACUGUCUCCAUGGGGACUGAGAGGCUGCCUGGAUCCUGGCCUUACGUCUACCUUUGUGAAGAGAAUUCCCAGUGCGUCUUUGUACCAGAUCACUGGCCAGAGCCAGCUUUUUCAUCAUUCUCAGGCCUCUUCCUCAGCCCUAAAGUGGAAAGAGAUGAAGUUCUCAUCUAUAAUAGCUCCUGUAACAUUACCAUGGAAACUGAGGCAGAGAUGGAGUGUGAGACGCCUAAUCAGCCAAUUACCGCCAAGAUCACUGAAAUACAGAAAAGCCGGGACCAGAACACUCAGGGCAACUUGUCCUUCCAAUUCUGCCGAAGGUGGUCCAGGCCUCACAGUUGGUUUCCUCAAAGAGUGCCACACGAUGGCGACAAUGUCACAGUGGAGACCGGUCAGCUGCUCCUGCUAGAUGUGAACACCAGCUUCCUGAACUCACUGCAUAUUCGAGGUGGCAAGCUGAUUUUCAUGGAGCCAGGACCCAUUGAGCUCAGAGCCCACUCCAUCCUUAUUACAGAUGGUGGAGAACUCCAUAUCGGAUCUGAAGACAAGCCUUUCCAAGGCAAAGCUCAGAUCAAACUCUAUGGAAGUUACCACUCUACUCCUUUCUAUCCCUAUGGAGUCAAGUUCCUGGCUGUGAGGAAUGGAACUCUUUCCCUGCAUGGUUCAGUUCCAGAAGUUACUGUCACCUAUCUUCAAACAGCUGCCUGUGCAGGAGACACAGUGCUGGCUCUGGAGGAUGCUGUGAAGUGGCACCCUGGAGAUGAGGUUGUCAUCAUCAGUGGGUUGAGUGUUGAAGGUGGUGAACCAAUGGAGGAAGUUGUUAUUGUGGAAACUGUGCACGAUACAGAUCUCCAUCUCCGUAACCCAUUGAGACACUCCUACCACUUCACAGAGAGCUGGGUAGUUGGAAAGAAUCAUAUUUUGAAGGCUACAGUGGCUCUUCUCAGCAGGAAUAUUAUCAUCCAAGGAAACCUCACUCUUGAGAGGGCAAAGCUCCUCAAUUCCUGCAAGGAGGCCAAUGCUUCUGAAGGUAACCUGAAGCACUGUUUGUAUUCUAAGAGUGAGAAGAUGCUGGGAGCCAGGGAUCUGGGGGUCAGAGUCAUUAUUCAGUCCUUCCCAGAGGAGCCCAGCUUGGUCAAGCUGAAGGGAGUGCAGUUUCGAGACCUAGGGCAGGCCUUCCAUAAGCAUCUGAGCUCACUCACCCUGGUGGGAGCUAUGAGAGGCUCCUAUCUGCAGAGGUGUUCAGUGUGGGGCUCCUUCAGCAGAGGCCUUAGUAUGCACAGGACCUGGGGCCUGAAGGUGGACAGUAAUAUAUUCUAUAAGAUUGUAGGCCAUGCCCUGCUGGUGGGGUCCUACAUGGACAGGUUUAGCACUAGUGAGACUAUUACUGGAAGAAAAAAUGAUUGGUGGGAACAGGGAAUUAUAAUAAGAAACAAUGUGAUCAUCAGUGUUUCCGGGGCUGAGGGACUGUCCGGUCCUGAAAUGUUGGCACCAGCUGGCAUCUACACUUUUAGCCCCACCAAUGUGAUAGAGGGUAACCGAGUAUGUUCAGCUGGCUAUGGCUAUGUUUUUCACCUUGUGACCCGCCAAACCUCACAAGCUCCGCUCCUCUCAUUCACUUGGAACACUGCUCAUUCUUGUACAAGGUACGGUCUCCUUAUAUACCCUAAAUUUCAACCAGUUUGGAAUAAUGGCACUGGUCUCACUGUGUUCCAAAACUUCAUGGUUUGGGGAAGUUCAGGUGGUGCCCAGAUUUUUAGAAGUAGCAAUCUACACCUGAAAAACUUCCAAAUUUAUGCAUGCAGAGAUUGUGGAAUUGACAUUUUGGAAAGUGAUGCAAAUACUUUGGUUACUGACAGCUUUUUACUUGGUCGUUUCACCCACAAGGGACGUCUCUGUAUGCCAGCUGGAAUUAAAACGCCCAAAAGAUGGGAACUGAUGAUUUCUAAUACAACUUUUGUUAAUUUUGAUCUCAACUGUGUGGCCAUCAGAACCUGUUCUGGCUGUUCCCAGGGACAGGGUGGAUUUACUGUGAAGACAAGGCAUUUGAAGUUUGCAAACUCUCCAAAUUUAGUAGCAUUUCCAUUUCCUCAUGCAGCAGUUUUGGAAGACUUGGAUGGCUCCCUGUCUGGGAAAAAUGGAAGUCACAUUCUUGCAUCUAUGGAAACCCUCUCAGACACAUGCAUGGCCAAUGCAAGCUUCAGUCAGAUUGUCCCUGGCAGCAUCUGCGGGGAAGCUGUUCUCUUUCAUCGUAUGUCUAUUGGUUUAGUUAAUGGCUCUGGUGUUCCUAAGAAUUUAACCCUGACUGACAGCAGAAAUAAGACAAUCACCGUCAGUUAUGUAGAUGACACAUUGUCUAACUACUAUGGCUGGAUGGCUCUCCUCUUGGAUCAAGAGACCUACUCACUACAGUUCCAGGGCCCAUGCACGGACAAGUCUUUUCAGUACUCAGCAACCUUUGACAGCUUUGUCCCCGGGAACCACCUCCUGCUGCUGCACGGGGACCUACCACCUUAUCCUGACAUCCUCAUCAGAUGUGGGAGUCAGCUGGGUCACUCACUUCCAUCUCAUCCUUUGCCCAGUCAGGACAGAAGCUGUGACUGGUUCUUCAACAGCCAGUUGGGGCAGCUCACCUAUCUGGUUUCAGGUGAAGGUCAAGUUAAGGUAUUUCUCCAAGUGAAGGAAGGUGUGCCUCCAACUGUUUCAGCUUCUACAGUUGUACCCAAAUCAGCUUUAAAAUGGUCCCUUCCUGAAACAUGGCAAGAUGUUGAAAAUGGCUGGGGAGGAUACAACCAGACCAUCCCAAGACGCGGUGAUGAUGUCAUGAUUUUGCCCAACAGGUCUGUACUUGUGGAUACCCAUCUCCCACCGCUUAGAGGCCUCUAUGUGAUGGGGACCUUGGAGUUUCCAGUGGACAGAAGCAAUGUUCUGAGUGUGGCAUGCUUACUCAUUGCAGGAGGGGAGCUGAAAGUAGGUACUUUGGAAAGUCCCUUAGAAAAAGAACAAAGAUUUCAGAUUCUCCUUAGAGCCUCUGAAGAAAUCUUUUGUGACCGUUUGGAUGGAAUUCGUGUUGACCCAGGAACAAUUGGAGUUUAUGGGAGACUUCAACUUCACAGUGCUUAUCCUGAGAAAUCCUGGGUACACCUUGGAGCUGAUAUUGCACCAGGAAAUGAGAGGAUUAUAGUAGAGGAUGCAGUGGACUGGCAGGCCCAUGACAAAAUCGUCCUCAGCUCUUCAUCUUAUGAGCCUCAUGAGGCAGAAGUCCUCACUGUGAAGGAAGUCAAAGGCCAUCACAUCAGGAUCUUUGAACGUCUUCAACAUCGACACAUUGGAAGUGCCCACGUGCUGGAGGAUGGGCAACAUAUUUCUUUGGCGGCUGAGGUUGGACUAUUGACUCGAAACAUUAAAAUUCAGUCCGAGUCAUCAUGUAGAGGGAGACUGCAAGUAGGGUCCUUCAGGAAGUCUAUCAGAGAAGAGUUUUCUGGUGUUCUUCAACUUCUAAAUGUAGAAAUUCAGAACAUGGGGUCGCCAUUGUAUUCGUCCAUUGAAUUCAUUGGUGUGGCAGCUGGAUCCUGGGUCUUAUCUUCUACUAUACAUCAAAGCUGCGGUGGAGGCAUCCAUGCAUCUUCCAGCCAUGGCAUGAUUUUAAAAGACAACGUAGUGUUUGGCACAAGUGGCCAUGGCAUUGAUGUGGAGGGCCAGAACUAUUCUCUCUCUAAUAACCUCGUCAUUCUGACAAUGCAGUCACCAAGCUCAUCUGUUUGGGUGGCAGGAAUCAAAGUGAACUAUGCAAAGGAUGUCAUUCUCAGUGGCAAUGUGGUGGCAGGAUCAGAGAGACUUGGCUUUCACGUAGGUGGCCAUGAGUGCUCCUCAGAACUGGUUUGGUCCGACAAUGUGGUUCACUCAAGCCUGCAUGGCCUUCAUCUCUACAAGACACGUGAACCCAACAACUGUACUGCUGUCUCUGGAUUUCUAGCUUUUAAGAACUUUGACUAUGGUGUCAUGAUACAGACAGAGAAUAGUGUGGACAUGCACAACAUCACUCUGGUAGACAAUACUAUUGGCCUUUUAGCCAUUGCAUAUGUAUCUUCUGCUCCACUGAGCUCCAUCAGCACUGUACAGAUUAUGCUUAGGAAUUCAGUCAUUGUGGCCACUAGUGCCUCUUUUGACUGCAUCCAAGACAGAAAGGCACCUCAGAUGGCCAACUGGACAUCAGCAGAUAGAGCGCCUUCCAAUCCCAGAGGAGGACGAGUUGGUAUUCUGUGGCCUAUUUUCACCUCAGAACCAAAUCAAUGGCCUCAGGAGCCAUGGCACAAAGUGAAGAGCGGUAAUUCAGUUUCAGCAAUUACAAAGCUUCAAGAUGUCACCUUUUCUAGUUUUGUGAAGAGUUGCUAUAGUGAUGACCUGGAUGUCUGUAUCCUGCCUAAUGAGUAUAGCACUGGAAUAAUGCACCCAAUAAGAGCAGAGAGGACCAGGAUGCUAAAGAUAAAGGACAAAAACAAGUUCUACUUUUCUCCAUUACAGCCCAGGAAAGACAUAGAGGGAGCCAUCUGCCUUGACUCUGACUGUGAAAGUCCAAGAAAAUACCUCUUCACAGAUCUGGAUGGGAGAACCCUGGGUCUGCCCCCACCAGUUUCUGUGUUUCCAAAGACGGAGGCAGAAUGGACUGGACCCUUCUUCAACACAGGUAUAUUCAGAGAAGAACAGAAAUGCACAUUCCGACCAGUGAUCCAGGGUUUCUUCUGUAAGCAGACUGAACAUAUGGUCCUAAUUCUCGAUAAUGUUGAUGUAACUUGGACAAUCCCAAAGUCAUAUCCACUCCUAUCAAUUACUAAUGGCUUUGUUGACACAUUUAGCAGUGUGAAGCACAAAUGCUCUCCCACUGCCUCUGUGUCUACUUUUUAUUCCAUCCUACCUACCAGGGAAAUAACCAAAGUAUGCUUUCCAGGGCGAACUCCUCCCUCGCUGCGCUUCUUUCUGCUAGGAAACAGAAGAGCCUCCAAGCUCAUCUUGGCUGUAUUCUACAAUGAGAUUCAGAAUCCUCACAUUUUCUUAGAGAAAAUUUUCAUUCCACCUACUCCAGUAGCAUCACCAUCUUCAUUAUUGGAUGAACCUGCUGGUGCCAACUACUUCGACGUCAUGAAUAACCUUUUGUAUGUUGUCCUGCAGGGAGAGGGGCCUGUUGAAAUACGCUCAAGUAUUUCUAUUCAUUUGGUUUUCACCGUGACAUUUUCAGCCCUAGAAAAAAGCUGGAAAAGAGUGAUGCUUGAAAGCCUAACACACUUCUUACAGAUUGACCCCGCCCAGAUCAGAUUCACUCUUGAGAUGCCUGGCAACAAAGAGACGUUAGAAACCAUUGCAAACAGCGAAGGGAAACGAAAGCGCAAUUGCCCAACUGUAACUUGCGGUGGCCCUUCUAUCAAAUAUGGUCAACGCAGACCUCUCAUGGCAGAAAUGACAUCGUAUGGGAUCAUACCACCAACCACCAUGAAAACCUCAAAAGUGAUUGUCAUUCAAAUUGGUGAUCUGCCAAGUGUAGGGAGCACUGUAUUCACUCAGUCCUUACCAAGUAACAGACUACAAAAUUUGGCUCGCCAAGUUAUCAUUGCUCAGCAGACUGGAGUCCUGGAAAAUGUUCUUGGUAUGACUGUUGGGGCUCUACUGGUGGCUCAGUCAGAGGGAGUCACAGGAUAUAGAAAUGCAAGUAGUUUAAGAACUGGGAACCUGAUAUAUACCCGGCCCUCUGUGCUCUCCAUGCUGGUACAGCCUUCAGAUGGGGAAGUGGGGAUAGAAUUGCCAGUUCAGCCACAGCUUGUCUUCCUGGAUGAGAAGAACCAAAGAGUGGGGUCUUUGGGUCUCCCCUCAGAGCCUUGGAUUGUUUCUGCUUCCCUGGAAGGGGCAUCUGAUUCAGUGCUAAAAGGGUAUACCCAGGCAGAAACAAGGGAUGGUUUUGUGAGGUUCUCCAGAUUGGCUGUCUUGAUCUCUGGGUCAAACUGGCGCUUUGUUUUUACUGUUCAUUCCCCUCCAGGUACUAAUUUUACAGCUCGAUCCAAGACUUUUGCUGUCUUGCCUGUAGCCAGCAAGGAGAGAUCAACCAUCAUCUUAGCCUUGUCCCUGUGCUCCAUGGUGUCAUGGCUGGCUCUGAGCUGUCUUGUUUGCUGCUGGUUUAAGAAAAGCAAAAACAGAAAAAUAAAACCAGAAGACAAACCUGAAUCCCAAGCUAAGGAUCAAAAGAAUACUCCUAUCUCUUCCAAACACCAAGGACUACGAAUGAAGAGAACAGAAGAAGACAGUGUUCUAGGAGAAGACAUGAGAAUGAAGGUCAUGCAGGGAACUCAGAACCAGUUUCCCCAACACUCAAUGGAUGGAGUGUCCAAAAGGAAAGUUAGUCGCCGUGCUGUCCCAGAGGAAGGAGCUAUGCCCGCCCAGAGGAGUCCCCACAUCACCUGUGUUCCAAGAUCUCUUGCUCAGCAGCUGACGCUGCAGGAGCCUGGGAACUGGACAGAGGCCCAACAGCAGUUGCUGAGAUACCAGCUGGCAGGAUGCAAUCAGCUGCUCCUGCUUUGCCCAGACCCCAGGCAAGAGAGGCAGCAGGGUCAGGAGCCUACCCAGCUGAACAAAGGGAGUGGCUGCAUGGGGCUGUCUCAAGAGAAGAGCGCUUGUGUUCCCAGUGAGACCUUCUGCCUCCACACAGCUCCACCAGAAACUCUCCAAUAACAGCUGUGGGCGUGAGACACUAUGGGGCAUUUGUAUGAAAAGGAGAAAAUGUUAAAAAUUAUUUCUACAUUGUAAAUAGAGGAGGAGAGGUCUGAUCUGUUUAGACAACUCAGAGAGAAUGUGGACUCUCGGCCUUUCGACUUUAAUAUGGAAGACUCGUCUCUUGUGCCUAUCAUUGAUUCUACCAAAUUCCAGCAAAUAAUAGGCUCUCAAGUACUUGUGGCUGUUUUCCUGGGUUCAGACUUGUUGCUAUGCAGCCAACUUAAUACCUGUGCUGUACAGAAUUUUGCCAGUGAGAACUGCGAUUAAACUUCUCUCAGAGUGAACAAGCCCAGUGCUUCAGGUUUGAAUUAUGGAAGACAGGUAGUAGCUUAGUUAGCAGAAAUUGUAGUGUCCAUGCCAUAGAAAGUCUC